CCGGUGGAGGGGACCGGGACUGUGGGGCUGCGGCCACGGCGGGACGCCUCGCGGUUGAUUACUGUUCGCUCCAGUAACAGUUGUGGGCGGUGGGCGGUUUGCUCCCGCUAAUGGCCCGCUGCUGGGCGGGCAUUGCCAGCUACUGAGAGGGGGUGGAACAGCCACUGCUGUUCUUGUUGGUGGAACAAGCCAGUAAAAGCAAUCUUAGGGGAAAAGCCUUCUUCGUUGAAAACCAAACGCCACCGACCCUGGGGCUCUGCAGCAGCAGGUUCAGGACCAGCCACACUCUUCUCCAGUUCAUUUUGCCACCAGAGCCCCAGCCGAGUGUCCAGCCAGAGCACCGGCCGGCAGCGCAGGCCGCCGCUCCGCCGCCAGCCCGCAGCAGCGCCCUCCGCCCAUGGAGCCCCGGCCGCUCCUCCUGCUCCUGGGCCUCUGCUCAGCUGGCCUCGUCCUGGGCUCUGAACACGAGACCCGUCUGGUGGCAAAGCUAUUCGAACACUACAACAGCGUGGUGCGGCCAGUGGAAGACCACCGCCAGGCCGUGGAGGUCACCGUGGGCCUGCAGCUGAUACAGCUCAUCAACGUGGAUGAAGUGAAUCAGAUCGUAACAACCAACGUUCGACUAAAACAGCAAUGGGUAGAUUACAACCUAAAAUGGAAUCCAGACGACUAUGGCGGCGUGAAGAGAAUUCACAUUCCCUCCGAAAAGAUCUGGCGCCCGGACAUUGUGCUCUAUAACAAUGCAGAUGGUGACUUUGCCAUUGUCAAGUUCACCAAAGUGCUGCUGGACUACACCGGCAACAUCACGUGGACACCUCCGGCCAUCUUUAAAAGCUACUGUGAGAUCAUCGUCACCCACUUUCCCUUCGACGAGCAGAACUGCAGCAUGAAGCUGGGCACCUGGACCUAUGAUGGCUCUGUGGUGGCCAUCAACCCGGAAAGCGACCAGCCAGACCUGAGCAACUUCAUGGAGAGCGGGGAAUGGGUGAUCAAGGAGGCCCGCGGCUGGAAGCACUGGGUGUUCUACGCCUGCUGCCCCUCCACCCCCUAUCUGGACAUCACCUACCACUUCGUCAUGCAGCGCCUGCCCCUCUACUUCAUCGUCAAUGUCAUCAUUCCUUGCCUGCUCUUCUCCUUCUUAACCGGCCUGGUGUUCUACCUGCCCACAGACUCAGGAGAGAAGAUGACUCUGAGCAUCUCCGUCCUGCUGUCUUUAACCGUGUUCCUUCUGGUCAUCGUGGAGCUGAUCCCCUCCACCUCCAGCGCCGUGCCUUUGAUUGGGAAAUACAUGCUCUUCACCAUGGUCUUUGUCAUUGCCUCCAUCAUCAUCACUGUCAUCGUCAUCAACACACACCACCGUUCCCCCAGCACCCACGUCAUGCCGGACUGGGUUCGGAAGGUUUUUAUUGACACCAUCCCAAAUAUCAUGUUCUUCUCCACAAUGAAAAGACCAUCCAAAGAAAAACAAGACAAAAAGAUUUUUACAGAAGACAUUGAUAUUUCUGACAUUUCUGGGAAACCGGGGCCUCCCCCGAUGGGCUUCCACUCUCCCCUGAUCAAACACCCCGAGGUGAAAAGUGCCAUCGAGGGCGUCAAAUACAUCGCGGAGACCAUGAAGUCGGACCAGGAGUCCAACAAUGCGGCCGAGGAAUGGAAGUAUGUUGCAAUGGUGAUGGACCACAUUCUCCUUGGAGUCUUCAUGCUUGUCUGUAUCAUCGGAACCCUGGCCGUGUUUGCAGGUCGGCUCAUUGAAUUAAAUCAGCAAGGAUGAGCAGAGCACUCAGCCGAGCCUGGCUCUGCCCAGCACCGGGCAGAGAGAGAGGCGGGGCAAACAGGAAGACUUGUCCACUUGGGUAUCAGCUCACUUAUCAAGCAUUUUCUUUAUUUGCAAUUAAUGGUAAUAAUUUACACUUCCAUGAGGUUGCAGCCUCAAAAUGUUUUCCCGUUGCUUCUCCCUUCGGGCUGGGUCAGCCUGUAGAGUGAACCCUGCUCGAUAAAGGGGACGGGGUCACUGCAAGAAUGUUCACUGCCAGUGGCCUCUGGGAGAGUUUUGUCCAGAACAGCUGAGGUUUUCUGUUGGUUUGUUUUUCUACUUUUUUUUUUAAAGCAAAGUAUGUAUCCUUUGCUUAAAAGCUAGUUUUGUGCCUACUGGGAAAGCCCCACUUACCAGUCCCCAAAAGACAAAGCAUUUGAUCUGGAGAGAAAAGAGGCAGUAGAAAGGCAAUAGGUAAAUUCUAGAAUGGGCCCUGAAAUGCACAUUGCACCAAGCCCCGUGCUUUAAAGUACGUGUCUAGGACUGGGAGGUGAGGGGCAUAUUUCCCAGUCUAACACAGCACCUGAGUUUGGUGCUCUGGGUUUGAGGGAAAGUAGGUCCUAAGCUGUAUGGGCUGGAAGGUCCAGGCCCCGAGGGUAUUGUCUCACGUACACAAUUUAUUUCAUCCUCACAACUGUCCUACAAAUAAGAAAACUGAACUGGAGGGGGGUUAAGUUCACUGCCUAAACUAUCAAAGAAAAGUGGGAUUUGAACCUAGACUGAAUCUGGGUUCCAAGCAGCUCUGGGCUGAGUCAGUGCAUCUGCCCCUUGCUUUCUUGGCCACCCUGGCCCAACCUAGGCCAUUCUGUAACUGGUCAGUGUCUCCAGAGCAUCUUUCUGCUUUCCCAGUUACACUUCCCGCCUAUUUUUCUCCAUAGCAACCUUCUAGCCACAAUGUAAUUCACCCAGAACUAGCAUCUGUGCAGCCCUGGGCUCAGCGGCAGAACACAUCUGCCCGUAUCAGGGAAAUUGCCCAGCCGGGUGGCCUGACAGAACCCAGGGGGUCUCAGCCUAUUCUCCAUGGGGACCCUUCUCAGGCAGCCAUGGUAAGACUGAGUGCCUCCAUCUUAAACUAAAGAGAAAACAGUCUGGUGGUUCCUCAAGAAACCAGAUGUAUCAUAUGACGCAGCAAUUCCACUUCCAGAAGAUUUGAAAGCAGGGACUUGAACAGAUACUUGUGGCCAGUGUUGCCGCAGCAUGUGAAAAGGUGGUAACGACUCGAGUGUCCUUCCGUGGAUGAGCAAAACACAGUACACACAUGCAGUGGAAUGGCCUUAAAGAAGAAUGAAAUUCUGACACAUACUGUGAUCAACCUUGAAAACCUACUAAAUGCAGUGAGCCAGACACAAAAGGACAGACACUGUACAACUCCAUUUGCAGAGGUGCCUAGCACAGGCAAACUCAUUGGGGUAGAAAGUAGAGUGGUGAUUACCGGGGCGCAGAAGAAGGGGCAAGUUAUUGCUGGAUGGGCAGAGUUUCGGUUUGGGAUGCUGAGAAAGUUCUGGAAGUGGGUGGUGCUGAUGGUCACACAACUUCGUGGAUGUGGUUACGGCCAUGGAAUUGUACACUAAAGGACAGUUACCGUGAUAAAAUUUGUGCCAUGAAUAUUUACCGCAAUA